GCCACUGGCAGAGCUGAGGAAUAGUUCCUGUUUGUUCGUCUCUGCUGUUUGCACGUCCAAAAGUCAUGGUUGAACUGAGUGGUGAGCAAACAUGCUGCCUUCUGUCCUGCAAUCUGCCACGUCGUUGCAUCAGCUGUUGGGAAGAAAUCACUUCGUCUGUGGUGUUACUUUACUAGGACAGCGAAGGAAGUAUUGACAGCAGAGGUUUGAAUCCACCGUCGACCUCCAGUAUUUGUUUAGGUGAACGCCCCUGAUCUGGUGUCAUCAUGGCCUCGGGGCAAGGAGACAUCCCAGCCCUUGAGUCUGGCCUGUCCUCAGGCCUUUGUGGUGCGAUGUCUUCUCCUAUUGGAAUGACUCGACACAACAUCAGCUACGAUGAGCUCAUAGAUGCUCCCAUGCAUUCACCUCCUGCAGACGUGACUAUGAACAUCUUUUGGAAAGACCCCGUCAUCCCCCAACACAAGUUUAGGAACACAGCCGAGGCAAGUGAGAAUGAGGGGAAGCUGCUGACACAAGAGGCCCAAUUACAAGCCAAGUCUGUAUCUGUUAUAAAGUCCAAAGCCUCCACUUUUAUGAGCACCCUUUUGACAAAGCAAACCCAAGAAAACCUUGAAAGGUUUGAGCACCAAGCAGGACUGACAGAAACUGUUUAUUCACCCCACAAGGGCCUCUCGGCCGAGGAGACUCGCAUUCACCGAUUGGCUGAUGGCAAACUGCCAAAGUUGAGAAUGCCAAGUGGGGACUUCAAGGAGGACAAGCUCACAACAUCUGCACAAUCUACCCCCUCUGUUACCCCCUCGGUUACCCCCAACGUAACUCCCCACUCAUCACCAGCUGUUAAUCGCAGGAACUGGUUGCAGCUGAGUUCAGCACCACGUCUUGCAAUUCCAGAGCUUGAAGGGAACCCAAACAUAGACAUGGGAGGAAAUGAAGGAGGCGGAGGAGGUGUGGACAAGUGGAGCUUCUUUGGGACUCGGUCUGUGGUACACAAAUCUCCCACAGAUCCCGGCUCUGAAACAAGCGCAGGCUUUUCACUGCAGUCCUACUUUGGUCUGCAGAAGUCCUCCACCAUGGAUGGCACCAACACCAAGAUCAACCUCAAGGUGGAGGACCCUGCCAAGUUCAUGCCCCCCAAGAUUGAAAUCUCAGUCUCUGAACCCAAGCAGGUUUCUCAACGACCUCACAAACUCAAACCUCGGGACAUGAAUGUUUUAACACCUUCAGGCUUUUGAUGUCAGAGCAGCUGUCAGCCUGCUUGGGUUCUCUGUGCCACAUUUCCACACCUUCCCCCUGGUUGCUUGAGUUCUUCCCUGCGUUCUUCUGCUCCAGUUCAAAUUCCCUGAGGCUGAGAGGAAUGGGGACCACCUUCAAGGACAUCAUUCUCCCACCGGCAGAGGAUUUAGAUGGAUUGCCAUCUUCUAAAUGGUUCUGCUUCCAGCUCAAUGGUCCAAGUAAAAAAAGAAAAAUAAACUUUGAACCCUGAAGAUGUUUUUACAUCACUUAUUUGGUAUAUAUGAAUGCAUUGUCUCAUCCCUUUGUCUUCAGUGGUGUAAUUUUGAAAUAUCUUGUCAGAGAUUUGUAAAAUGUAGUCGUUUUAGCAUUGCCUUUCAUGCUAACACUGACAACCUAUUUCAUUUUCCCCUGAAUCAUUCUUUUAAAUUAUUAUAAUUUUAAAUAAGCUCAAAUUUAUUGUGCAGUGUUAUUUUUUUUGUCAGCAUGCUGAGUGUUUUAUGGUGUGACUGAUAUUGUGCCUAAACUUGCAGCGUGCUUGAUUUUGGAAUUAAAGGUUUUUUUUGUUUUUUUUUGG